GUCGUCGCGCCUGCUCCCACAAACGUGCACAGCGAUAAAGGAGAGAGACAAAGCUCCUAGCUAGGCAGACAAUUACAAAACAAGAGGCUCGGCAAACACAAAGGGAAAAUGACAGAAUCGACCUGUGAAACCGCCGCUUCAACUGAGCCCUCUCGGGGGAUUCGUGCGAUUUAUUCCGACGACGCGGUGCGAGUGUAUCAAGCCUACAAUGACGCCAUUGCCGAGAGCGCCGUGGCCGCCAACUCCUUCCAAGGUCCGUUGGGCGAAGGUAAAUGGUCCUCGACACGCAUGACUUGGAUCAAGCCCAGCAAGGUUUGGAUGGCCUACAGGUGUGGGUUUACGCUCUUGAAGGACAAGAAUCAAUCUCGCGUGUUGGCGUUGGAUCUUUCACGGCAGCGUUUUGAAGAACUGUUGACGAACGCUGCGGUACAUGGCGACGACAGCAAGAAGAAACAAUACCGCAACAGCAGCGUGGUAGUACAAUGGGAUCCAGAGAGAUACAUGACGGUCCAAGAAGACGAUCCAAACCAAAGAGCGCAAGGGUUCACCGUCUCCAACAGAUCGGUCAGAUCCAUCCAAAUUGGGUUGCGGGGUGCCGGUGUCGAAGCCUUGCUGGAUCCUAAGCUUGUGCUCAAAAUCACAGAUGUUACACAAGAUUUUCGAAACGCUUUGGCAGCCUUGCAGGCAGGAGAUUUGGAGAUGGCGAAAGACGCCUUGUGGCCAACUCACGAAAAGGAACAGUUGAUGGAAGUCCCGCAAUAUCUGCGGCAAUUGUUGAGGAUGGACUUGGAAGCGAAGGAGGAUAAACUUUGACGGAGAGUGACGAGGAGAGCGAGAGCAACAAUGUCACUCACGAAAGGAGCGACUCAGUCAGAGCUACAAUCUGUGAAGCAAUCGGUGUGCGUCAGAGCCACAAACUGUGAAGCAAUCGGUGUGCGUGUGACUAUCAUAAUACCGGCAUGUAAUACUACCACCUAGAGAUUGCGACAAACCCCAACUGACUCCCAAGCUCCCGAGCCUAGACCACCCCAAUGCCACCACGAUGCCACGGGGGCCCAUUCAAUCGCUGUAGCAUGAACAUGGGCUGCAAUAAGCUUGGCAGUCCAAAACUAAAUCACAGUUGACACUGAUCGUACGCAGAUUCGGCAAAGAGCAGACUUCUUCGGGGAUGGGGCCGUCGAUUUGGAUCCUAUCAAUCAAAAGGAACUGGAGCGAGGUCAGUAGGCCAAGCUCGCUCGGCACUGAACCCGUCAUGCCAACAUUGUCAUACAGUGUAAGAUAUUCAAGAUUCGUCAGGAGACCCAGCUCUAAAGGGGAAGAGUUUGGUUUCUGUGAGUGCAAAGAUCAAAGAAAAGCUGCCGUCCACAAAAGAGACGAGUUAUACCCACCGGUUGGUAGUGUACCAGUCAAGUCAUUUCCGCGCAAGUUUAGAUUGCUGAGACCUGUCAACAGCAACAGCUGGCUUGGAAUGGAUCCAAAAACAGCAGUCUCCUUGACAAUCAUUGUUCGCAGUGGCAAGUAUGCCAACUGCGCUGGUAUGAGCCCUGGAAGAUCUGCUGCCAAGUCUUCUAGAAACUCAAGCUCGAUGGAUUCCAAGGAGGUCAAGAGGGCCAUUUCUGGGGGGAUCUCAGCGCCACUAAAACCACCCGCUCUUGAGAUCGCCAGUUCUGUGAGGCUCCCGCUAAAGUCGCAAGUGAUAGCUUGUGCUCGAGUGUCCCCCCAAAGACAUUCACUCAGGUCGUAGUUCAGCCAGUUCUCCCUUUCCCUAAAAUCCCACCCAUCACCUCCAAACGAGUAAUAGAAUGUUGCAAGGGCAAAAAGCUGUUGCUUCCUGGGUUCGGAUAUCGACGAUAAGUCAGGAUGGUCUUCCAACCACUGGUAGGCAAAUGACUGAGGCGAAAACGAAGUUGCAAUGGCUGCAACGCUGAAGCCUGGAAGGUUGAGAAUAUAUCCGGAAGCAGGACCUGUUGUGGGAAACAAUGCCAGCCCCAUCGGAGCUGCUGUUGGUGCGAGGUCAGCAUUGCCCAGGGGAGCCGGGGAUGGUGGUGGAGGCCUGGGGGGCCUUGUUUCUCCUUGUUCAUCUUCACAUGCACAGUUGUUGCAUUGGGGUGGGCAGAAGAUUUUGUAGUUGCAGUCCAACCGGAGAUUACGUAGCAAUGGCAAGAAGCAGAUAGAUCUGUGCAGCGUCCCCACCAGAUUGUUUGCAUAGAUUGACAAGCUCUCCAGGGAAUUCAUUUGGGCCAACUCAGUCGGGAUUGUUCCUUCAUUUAAAGCAGGAGUGAUGGUAAAAGAGUGAUGGUAAAAGACUAAAAGUUGAGUGGCCAUCAACAGGUCAACAGAUGAAAGCAAACAAGGACGUCAGUACCAGUCAGAUAGUUCCCGUACAACACCAAGUACUUGAGGUCUGUUAGGAGACCAAUCUCAGUAGGAAUGGGUCCAUCGAUGUAGUUGUCCCGUAAGUUGAGAUUUUGCAAGUAUUGAAAGCCCCCAAGACUGUUUGGAAGAGUACCUGUGACGCCAGUGCUCUGUAAUCUGACCUCUGCCAAACUGGGUAAUUGAGCCAUCUCCGUUGGGAGAACUCUUGUCACGUUCGUAAACCAAUGGUUGUAAGGCAUUUCAAGUCUCUCUAGUGCUGACAGAAGUGCCAUUUCUAGUGGAGUAGUCCCACGGAGGGUAUCAUGUUGAGAGGCGAGAGCCAAGUAUGUCACCUGUCCAAGGCUGUUACAUUGGGUUGCCCGAUCCCCACUUUCACCCCAAGAGCA